AAUGUCUUCUUUUGGCGAUUUUAUUGCCUUGUCACAAAAAUGUGAUGAAAUUACGGCUAGACUAAUUAGUAGAGAAAUAAGUGAUGGAGUGAUUGCCCCAGAUUAUGAUGACCAGGCUUUGUCUAUGUUGGCAAAAAAGAAAAAUGGAAAUUAUAUUAUUUUAAGGAUUGACCCAAAAAACCUUCCCGCCGAAGACGAAGUCCGCACAAUUUUUGGCCUCAAAUUAAAACAAAAGCGCAAUGCUGCUGCUCUCUCUACUGAUUCCUUUACUGAUGUAGCUGUUGGGGAUGGAGGGGAAAUUACUGCUGAGACGGUGGAUGAUUUAUUGGUUGCCUGUGUUGCCGUUAAAUACACGCAAAGUGAUGCUGUUUGUUUUGCAUAUCGAGGGCAGGUUAUUGGAAUGGGGGCUGGACAACAAAGUAGACUAAACUGUACUAGACUUGCUGGGGAAAAGGCAGCAAAUUGGUGGCUUCGCCAACACCCUCGUAUUCUCUCCCUCCCAUGGCGUGCAAAUGUCCGCCGAGCCGAAAAAGCAAACAUAAUUGAUGCUAUAGUUGCUGGAAUUCGAGUAGAUGAUACUUCCUCAAUGUCUCUUUUACAACCCAAUAGUAUUACUAAAAAUGCAGCAACUGAGGCUACUGAACGCCAAUGGAAUAAUUAUUUUGCUACUUCUAAGGAAAGGAAAGAAUGGUUGGACCAAUUUAAAGGUGUUUGUAUUGCCUCGGAGAGUCAUUUUCCUGGUAGAGAAUGCAUUGACCUGGCAAAACAGUUCGGCGCAAAAUUUGUGGUGACACCAAGUGGCGGUGCCAACGACGACGAGGUCUGCGAAGCCUGUGAACAUAAUGAUAUGGUACUUGUACAUACAACACAACGUUCAACUCUUCGUCUGAUGGACGUUUUGAGGUAGGACGAAUUUUGAGGUGUGACGAAUCGUGGCUUCUGGCCAGUGGGACAUCUUGUGGGUUUUGUUCAGUGGGACGAAUUUAAUGGGGACGAGUAAAA